GAAGAAGAUUGAAGAUUCUGGCAACCACUUUUCAUGGCUGCACGUCCACUCCCACAGUUUCCCUAGUUCUCGGCUCACAAAAUCAAAAAGCCACAUCUUCAAACCACUUUUGUGACCCACCACGCAAGGAAAAAUGAUGAAGAAAGAUAUCAACUCGAGCCUUGUGGACGACGAUGGUGACUUGUUCGGUGAUGAGCUUUCGGUGACUAACACUUCCGAUCUCGAGAAGAGCCAGCAUGGUAAGAAGAGGGACUUUACUCGUGACAAGUGGAUCUUUACAACCACCAUUGUGCUCCUCGGUGCGGCUGUGAGUGGAGCCUUCAUUGCCUUGGGUGUGGUGAGCGCCCAGGAUAGCUCCCAGCAAAGCUUCCGUCAGAGAGCCACUGAAAUCGUGUUCCAGGUCGAGGCGUCUUGGAAUGUUUACGUUCUCUUUACCAAGUGGACCCGCGAAUCCUGCCACAAACCCUUUGAAGCCACGGGAAUCCAGCCUGGAUUUCGCAUGGGUGAUGAUCCCAGCUGGGCUCUUGGUUACUGUUCUGAUGCCGAGUUUGACAAGAUCUUCGAGUACAGUACCACGGAGGGACUCAUCUUCCAGUCCCUUCAGUACGUACCAAACAUUACCGAUGCCGAGCGCCCCUACAUCGAAGCCUACGCCGAGCAAUACUACGAAACGAACUACCCAGGAAAGGUUGACUUUGUGGGUUUCAAACAGAGAGGAGCCAGUGGCCUGGAACCAUCCGAAACGUAUGACUUCUACUUCCCCGUUGUGCAUUUACUUCCGGUCGAGACCAAUGCAGCGGCUGUCCUCUUGGAUCCUUACAACACCAUCCCCACAAGCAAGGUCCUCUAUGACAAGGCAACUUCAACCUGGGAGCCGGCACUGGGAGGACGCAUCAGGACAGUGCAAGAAACUGAUCCAUCGGCAUACUCGGUGAUCAUGUAUCAUCCUGGAGUUCGAACCGAGCAUGAACCCGUGUAUGCGAAGUCACCAGCAGUGGCUCAACUAAUCGUCCGAAUGCCCGACAUGUUGGUCCAGUUCAUGCAGGGUAUGCUUCAGAAUGAAAAGCUCUACGUCUACGAUUCCACCGACCCGGAUACUCCAGUCUACCUUGUGGCGGGCACAAUUGUAAAUCCCAAGGCCACAGCCGCCAAGGACCGCCUGGAGAAGCUACCAGAAGUUGAGCUUGCAGAUAUUCCUCGCCCCAGAGGAGCACAAUACGAAGAAACCGUAAUCAACGCCAAUGAUCGAAAGUGGACGGUCGUCAUUGUCAGUACCAACGAAAAGGCAAACUUGACCUUUGUCAUUCUGGGAGGUGCCAUCAUCUUCUUGGCGUGCUGCAUGAUUGCCGUCUGGUACUACCGCCAUCUCACUGUAUUGGAAACCAUGACAUCCACUCAAAAUCUUCUAACCUCCGUCUUCCCAAAGGAUGUCCAGGACCGUCUGCUGAAGGAUGCCGCAGAAGCUGCUGGUGGCAACAACGACAAGGAAGCUUUUAAAGGAAACAGGGGAGCCGAACUGAGCAAAGCCAUGAAGGGCAUUACUCCACUUCCCAAAACAAAGCCCAUUGCUGAUCUCGUCCUCGAAGCCAGUGUUCUAUUUGCCGAUAUCACUGGAUUCACAGCGUGGUCCUCAACAAGGGAACCGUUCCAGGUUUUCACUUUAUUGGAAACAGUCUUCCACAGCUUUGAUGUCCUAGCGAAGCGCCGAAGAGUGUUCAAAGUCGAGACCGUUGGUGAUUGUUAUGUUGCCUGCACUGGACUUCCUGAGCCUCGCAGAGACCACGCUGCCGCGCUUGUCCGUUUCGCCAAGGACUGCUUGAAUCGGUUCCAGGUUCUUUCCCGUCGCCUAGAGGUUGAGCUUGGACCCGAUACUGCUCAGUUGGGACUCCGUAUUGGCAUUCACAGCGGCCCUGUCACUUCCGGAGUGUUGCGUGGAGAUCGUCCAAGAUUCCAGCUUUUCGGCGAUACCAUGAAUUGUGCUGCCCGUAUUGAAAGCUUGGGCCAGAGAAACCGAAUUCAUAUUUCCAAGGAAACCGCUGACCUGCUGGCCGCCGCUGGCAAGAAACACUGGAUUGUCCCCCGAAAGGAGAAGGUUUAUGCCAAAGGUAAAGGUGAACUGGAGACCUUCUGGUGCACUAGCAAAACGGAUGAUACCAGGUCGGUCCGCAGCGGAGCAUCUUCCCGCGAAAAUGAUGGGGUCGAUGUUGAGCUGCGAGAAAUUGACAGCCCCGAAGAGAAACUAGAAAGACUUAUUGAGUGGAACACUUCUGUCUUUGUCAAGCUUCUGAAAGGCAUUGUGUCACGAAGAAGAGCAGCCAAGACCCAACCAGAUAGCAACUCUGUCCUCUCUGCAAUGGAGAAACACACCAUGGUUCCGGGAGAAACCGUAUUUGAAGAAACGGUAGAGGUGCUUGAGCUCCCUGAAUUUGACGCCAAAGCUGCUGCCAAGGAGGGAGAUCCUGAAGAAGUCCAGCUCGACGACCGAGUGAUUCAACAGCUGGCAGACUAUGUCCAAUCCAUCGCCAGACUUUACCGCGCAAAUCCCUUUCAUAAUUACGAACACGCCACGCACGUGAUCAUGUCGACAGUCAAACUGCUCUCUCGAAUCGUCGCUCCUCAGAUUGCGACUGGUGUUGAGGAGAGUGCAGCACACUUACAUGACCACACUUACGGUAUCACGAGUGACCCGCUUACCCAAUUCUCCGUGGUGUUGAGCGCCCUGAUCCACGAUGCAGACCACCCCGGAGUUCCCAAUACAACCUUGGUGAAAGAAGAAACACCACUAGCUCAACGAUACAAAAAUGUCUCCAUUGCUGAACAGAACAGCGUCGACAUCGCCUGGACAAUGCUGAUGGCGGAUGAAUAUGCCGAUUUGCGUAGGGUCAUCUACACCACAAAGGGCGAGUUUCAAAGGUUCCGACAGCUCAUUGUCAACUGUGUCUGCGCCACUGAUGUCAUGGACAAGACAAUUGGUGCAGCACGAAAGGUCCGCUGGAACAAGGCAUUUUCAAAGGAUUACGAACAGCAGGCUCUGCAAGAGCCUCCUUGGGUGGCAACGAAUCGCAAAGCAACAAUUGUCUUGGAACAUUUAAUUCAAGCAUCGGAUGUGGCCCACACAAUGCAACACUGGCACAUUUACCGUAAAUGGAACCAAAGAUUGUUUCAUGAACUGUACAAGUGCUACAAGGAAGGUCGCCUUGAGAAGAACCCAGCAGAGUUUUGGUAUGAGGGCGAGAUGGGCUUCCUCGAUUACUAUGUAAUCCCAUUGGCAGAUAAACUGGAGACGUGUGGAGUGUUUGGCGUUUCAAGCGGAGAGUUUCUGAGCUACGCAACCCAAAACCGCCAGGAGUGGGAAAGCAAAGGGAAAGAGAUUAUUCAAGAAAUGAUGCAAGAACUCGAACACAAUGAAUCCGUGGUUGUCCUGGGUGUCGAGCACAUUGUAGAGGUAUAAACAAACACCGUCCCUCCUGGACGUUUGUUUGUCUUCAGGAGCAGCCUCCAGGUAGCUAAAAUAGUGCUUCAUCUGCAUUGACUGCUUCCAAUGUCUCCUUUCCAAUUGCACAAGCAUAGUGAUCACCAGGUCCAUACCAUGAUGUUACAUCACUGCCAUCAUCACAAUAGAC